UAGCCCGUUGGCUAACGUCGCUAGCUAGCUGAGCGGCUCGUCGGAACUGGUUGACCAGCCGGUUCUUGCUCAGCUAGACUUCUUUGGUUCCCCCUAUUAGCUGCGAGUGUCGUUCGCUGCCUCUUGGAUCCAUCCUGUCAUGGCUGACAGCAGCAUAGUGACUUUGGGGACAGCUCAGAGUAUUUUGGUGGAUUCAUCGGUCUAUGACUCGAAGAUCGCUGAAACCACAAAGGACCAUUUAUUUCUGGGCCAGGCAUCUGAAGACAUGGAAGAUGUGCUACCCAGAGUGGAGACCAGAGUGGUGCUGGUGGGAAAAGCAGGCAAAUAUGGAGCACUGGUCAAAGCGCUACAGGACAUCAACACCCCGUGCAUAAUGACAGACAGCAUCCACGAGUUCGCGGAUGGAGGGAACACGGACUUUGAGACUGUGUUUGUCCUCAUGGACUUUGAUUCUCCCGACUACAACUACCUCUACAAACAGGACAACCGCAUCGUCGGGCCUCCCGUGGUGCUGCACUGUGCUGCCAAGGAGGAGGCCUUGCCGUUCUCCUGCCGUCCCCUCUACUCAACCACCAUGCUAAACCUGUCUCUCUGUUUCACUGGCUUCAGGAACAAAGUGGAGGUGAAGAAACUCGUGAGUUUGGUUCACCACAUGGGCGGGACUAUCCGAAAAGAUUUCAGCACUAAGGUCACUCACGUUGUUGCCUGCUCUACUCACGGAGAGAAAUAUAAGCUGGCAGUGUGCAUGGGGACGCCCAUCCUCACCCCAUUAUGGAUCCAUAAGGCCUGGGAGAGGAGAGAUGAUGUAUCGUUCCAUGCGGGAGACGAGGAGUUCCGCACAGAGUUCAAAGUUUCUCCAUUCCAGGACUGCGUCCUCAGUUUCCUGGGGUUCUCAGAGGAGGAGAAGGCCAACAUGGAGGAGAGGACAUUCAAACAUGGUGGAAAAUACUUGCAGGUUGGCGAUGAGGGGUGUACUCAUAUGGUAGUAGAGGAGAACUCGGUGAAGGAACUCCCAUUUCCUCCCCCUGAGAAACUCUUUGUGGUCAAACAAGAGUGGUUUUGGGGAAGCAUUCAAAUGGAUGCACGAGCAGGGGAGUCCAUGUAUUUGUAUGAAAAGAAUGACAGCCCGGCAAUGAAGAAGGCUGUGUCCCUGCUCUCCCUCACCACGCCUAACAGUAACCGUAAGCGUCGUCUGAGGGAAACAUUGGCACAGCUCACCAAAGAGACGGAGAUCUCUCCUUUCCCUCCACCCCGCAAAAGGCCCUCUGCAGAGCACUCUAUGUCCAUGGGCUCGCUGCUGGACAUCUCCAACACUCCUGACUCAUGCAAGGCCCUGGCAGAGAGUUCCAGGCCAUCCAAGAGUUCAACUCCGGUGCUGUCCAAGCAGUCUGCCAGGUGGCAGGUCUCCAAGGAGCUUUAUCAAACCGAAAGCAACUAUGUCGACAUUUUGACUACCAUACUACAGCUUUUCAAGCUCCCAUUAGAGAAAGAGGGGCAGGUUGGUGGACCUAUCCUAGCCCAAGAGGAAAUGAAAACCAUAUUUGGCAGCAUCCCAGACAUCUAUGAAGUUCACACAAGGAUAAAGGGCGAUCUUGAGGACCUUCUCACAGACUGGUCAGAAGACAAGAGUGUUGGAGGCAUCAUCCUUAAAUAUUCAAAAGAUCUGGUGAAGGCCUACCCGCCCUUCGUCAACUUCUUCGAAAUGAGUAAGGAGACCAUUGUGAGGUGUGAGAAACAAAAGCCACGCUUCCACGCUUUUCUCAAGAUAAACCAAUCCAAACCCGAGUGUGGCAGACAGACACUAGUGGAGCUGCUCAUCAGACCUGUACAGAGACUGCCCAGUGUGGCCCUUUUACUCAACGACAUAAAAAAGCACACCUCCGAUGACAACCCAGAUAAGAUGACUCUGGAGAAGGCAAUCGAGUCUCUGAAAGAAGUCAUGACUCACAUCAACGAGGACAAGAGGAAGACGGAAGGCCAGAAGCAGAUCUUUGAUGUGGUUUAUGAGGUCGAUGGCUGUCCUGCCAACUUGCUCUCCUCCCAUCGUAGUCUGGUCCAGCGGGUGGAGACCAUCGCUCUGGGAGACCAGCCAUGUGACCGCGGCGAACAAGUCACACUCUUCCUGUUCAAUGACUGCCUGGAGAUUGCCAGGAAGCGUCACAAGGUGAUUAGUACGUUUAAGAGUCCUCAGGGGCAGACCAGGCCACCAGCCCAGCUCAAACACAUCAUGCUGAUGCCCUUGUCCCAGAUACGGAUAGUGCUGGACCUGCAGGAUACAGAGGAGUGUGUAAAUGCAUUUGCCUUAGUGGUACAUCCUCCCACGGAGCAGGAGAAUCUGUUAUUCAGCUUCAAGCUGGCCGGAGAGGAAACAGUUAAAACCACCUGGCUGCGGACGCUUUGCCGCCACGUGGCCAACACCAUCUGCAGGGCUGAUGCGGAGGACCUAAUUCAGUGUAGAAACCCUGAUUCACUCCAGGUCACCACCAAGGAUAUGGAUAGCACCCUGAGCAAAGCCUCCCGUGCCAUCAAAAAGACCUCCAAAAAGGUGACAAGGGCAUUUUCCUUUACCAAGACUCCCAAGCGUGUGAUCCAGAGAGCCUUCAUGGCCAGCAGCACACCAGAUGACAAGAGCCCGAGGCUGAGUUCUGAAAACCGAAUCGGCAGUAGUUCCACGUUGGCUGCCCACCAUUCACCCUCUAUGGUGAAUCUGCAUUCCAUGUUUGAGCGGAAGUACCACACGUUCAGCAGAUCCACAACCCAUCUGUUCUGA